AUGAGAAGUGCUGAAGACAGUGAGGAGUCGAAUGAAAAGCUAGGUGGAAAGCGUGUAGAAAAUAUGAGUGGCUGUAGGGACGAUGGUGGAAGGCGUGAAGCAAGUGGAGAAGAAUAUACAUGCAAUGGAGGCGAAAAUAGAGGAUGCACGGUGUCUGCUGGUGAAGAUAAAGCGGCGGAUGAGUUUGGCAACAUUUUCAAGACGAAUAUGGAUAUGCAGUGCCUGAAGAGCAAGAAAAGCAUUUUUGAAAAGAUGCAGAAAGAAGAUGAGCAGCCUAAGCAAUCCAGGGAGUCUGGGUUUCUGAGGAUGCAUGUACAAAAGACUGAGGAGCCUGUUGCCGAGACGAUUCCGGGCGUUGUUUUCCAAGCAAAUGUGAAUCUGCAUAGGUUCCGUGAGGAAUGGGAAGGGAUUGGGCCAGGAAUUGUGUAUGUGACCGAUGUGAAUGGAAAGCGGUGUUUUUUUAUCAGAGAUGAGGUGAUGCAGACUUCAUUUGACUUUCUAGUGAAGUACAAUCUCCGUCCAGAGAAGAAGAAGUGCAAGGUAUUUGUUGUUAUCCGAGAGAUGGAUGGCGCAAAAGCAAUUGAAAGGCUUUACUGCAUUAUUUUCAAGGAUGAGAAGGAGGCUAGCUUAUUUUGUGAAAUGGUUAGAGUCUGA